AUGUCUCAACCGGAAAAAACUGAUACACCGACCUCUAAAUCAAAAACACUUGUUGCACCUCCAGAAUCUUUGUAUGAUAUGAUGCUGGAACUAUCUCUUAACUAUACCAUUGAGAGACCGACGAGAUUUAAUGUCUUCGCUGCCAACUACUUUAAAGGUGUGAGGGAUUUAAUUGCUGCAUUGCGAAUAAAUGAGGAAAUGGAUACUUCCACAAUAGAUGAAAUAGUUAGUACAAUACCGAGUUCAGUAUCGAGUGAAUCGCAAUACGUUCAUCGCAAGAGCAUCAUGGCAGAUCAUUUUGAUGAAUGGAACCCACCAUUACUCAGGCAACCACUUUUUAUACCAAAAAUAACUAGAGUCCGAUCUUUUCUAACGAAAACCGUGAAGGAAUGCUUUUUAUUUAACGCAUUAGACCGCCCUCUUUUGUAUGACAUCAUAAGUUCCAUGGAGGAAGAGAUCAUUAAGGGAGGCUAUCUGUUAGUAAGGCAAGGUGAACUUACGGAUAAAAUGUAUGUUUUAGAGAAAGGAGAAAUGCAGGUCCUAAUGAAAAUUCCAGAUGAGGGUACACAAGUGAUUGACAGAUUAUUCAAUGGUGCUAUGUUCGGCGAAUUGGCUUUAUUGCAUGUUAAUUUUAGCAGUAUUACUGUGCAGGCAAUCACGCACACUAGACUCUGGAGUAUAGAUCGGGUUACUUACAGGACACUACUUCUUAAUCAUUCAGUAAAAUUGAGGGAUAAGAAGCGACAACUACUAGCUGGAAUAUCGUUUUUUAAAAUUUUACAUGGGCAGAGAUUUGCAAAUUGGCGGACGCUUUAA